GAAUGCAUCUACAAAACGUUAGUCGUGAUCGAGAUCUAAAGCAAUACGGACGUUUCGGGGGCGUGGAAAAUCGAGUGAAACAUUCAGUUAGUGAGAAGGCGAAGAACAUUCAACGAAGGGCAUUGCAGUGCGUUCGAGUAAAGAAUUGGAAGACAAGGUCGAGGGUUCAGAGAGUGAAAGUAUUCGCCAGUAAUAUUUUCCCGAAGGUGUAGAUUUGCAGAGCUACAAGAAACGACUAUCGCCACACGAUGGGGUUAAAUUGCGGUUUGUCGACUAUCAAAUACGUGCUUUUCGUGUUCAACCUGCUGUGCUCGCUAUGCGGUAUUGCACUGGUAGUGAUCGGGGGCGUCUCGUUGAGUAAGAUCGCCGACCUGCAGGAUAUCAGCGAUGAGCAUAGCAUCGUGGCUCCGUCAAUUCUGUUCAUCAUACUCGGAUCGGUCGUGUUCGUGAUCGCCUUCUUCGGAUGCUGCGGUGCGAUUCGGGAAUCGUACUGCAUGACUUCGACCUAUGGCUUCUUCUUGAUGGUAUUGAUCAUUGCCCAAAUCGUCAUUGCUGCUCUGGUGUUCAUCUACGUGGGAGAUGCUCGUGAAGCCUUCAAGAAGGGCUUCGCCAAGCUGUUCGAUGAGCGCGAUCGUCCCGGAAAUAGAGAACUGAUUGAUACCAUCCAAAUUAAUCUCCAAUGUUGCGGUAAGACCUCUGCCCUGGACUGGUACGGCAGCCAUCCUCAGUCGUGCUGCCAGGCUGGAACGGCUCCGUUGUGCAUUCCCUUCACACACGGUUGCCAGGCGCGUCUCGGGGAGUUCAUCGAUACUGCUGGCGACGUUCUCGGAUGGGUUUCGCUGGGUGUAGCCGCCGUCGAACUGAUUGGCUUGAUCGCCGCCUGUUGUCUAGCCAACGGAAUUCGCAACCAAGAGAGAAGAUACGCUUAAGCUUGAUGUUGACGCUUGACACGGGGGCAAAUUUGUUCUAAAAUGUUUAUAUGUCCGCUCUUUAGUACUAUAUUGGAUCGUCAGCUUUACAUUUCAUCCAAUCGAAACAGAAUUGAAUCUUUCAUCAUUUAACAGGAUCAACCCGAUAUAAUGAAAAUUCAAUGCUCACAUGGAAUCAAAGCAAGCUACCUCCACUUGUUCAUUAUUUUUGUAGUUCAAACUGAAGACACUGUAAACAAUGUUUAUAUUGUCUUCAGUUGAAACUGGUCCAAUCACGUAUCUCAUGUUCAAAAUUUUCUAACAAAACCUGAUUGGACAGAAUGCGUACAAUGAGUUAGAUUUAAAAUGAUCAGAGGAUGACCAUCCUCGCAAAUUAUAUCAUCUAUGAAGUGGAAUUUUCUUGUUUACUUGAAGUCUUUAGAUGUUUAGAGUCUAUUGUUUAAGCGAACAGAAUUGAUUUAACAACCGAACCAAACUGAAUAACAAACAAAAUUCGAACUAAAUAUAUUAUUUCAUGUAUGGUACCUGUGUAUACCGUUUACAUACUA